GCCAUGGCCUGGGUAGCCGAAACCGAUGUCUGCUAAAAAUCUAAAAAAAAUUUUUUUUUAAAUAUUUCGAAAGGUUUCUACUUUCUAGAGGCUGGGACGAGGAUUAUAAUUAAAAAAAACAGACAGCAGAGAGUCUAGUUUGAAUGAUGGUUCGUGUGAGGAGGUAGCAUGAAGAUUUUUCAGCCAGGCAGACCUAAAACAUCGCUCAUGGCCAACAAGUAUUUUCUGUAGUAGGUCUACAUCUGUCGUUCUCUCCUUCGUGGAGCUGUGUAUGCCUUCAAGUUACACAAACCUGGCGAUCGCCAAACCUGCCAGUGACACUGUUCAGUGUUCUACCGAUCUGUGGCAAUGCUAAUGAUUGUGAAUUUGUGGCAGUGAUUUCGUGUCUUGGUAGGGAAAGGAUCGGUAACGCCAUUCGGGACCUGGCGCUUGUACAAAGCGUUGGAAGUGCCGGCAUUUCCCCCUCAAACUGAUGAAUGGAUCCUGGUGCGCCAGUAGUGGCAGUACGGCAUUAGCUCAGGACAGUAGUACUAGCAGAUCUCCUGGUUGCAUUUAGCGGAAACCACGGCUGUUCACAACUAGAGGACACCUGGGUGGACGUGCAAUUUCCGAGUUCUGCUGGCCACUUGUUCAUCCGGUAGAGAAAGUUGUGCAUCUGCCCAGUGUUUGUUUGAGCACGGGCUAAGAGUAAGAGAGUGCUCGGAUUCGAGCUGCUGCUGUCACUAUCGCCAAGCACGAGAACCUGCCAGUAGCGCUGUCUUGUGCCCAGUAUCCACCGUUACUAGGAGGUGACUGCAUAUUGUUAGGAUCACUCAAAGCAAAGCUGACUUGUAGGUCGGUCCGGUCAGUUUUAUCUUCACAUCACUUCAGCAACUCAGCAACGCAACAGGUUGGCUUGCAGGUUUUGGUGGGAGUGUAAGCCGUCCUCACCCAUCCUGAGUAACUGCACUUGACUGCUAAGUACUGGCUCAAUCUGUGCUUUUCAGAAUGGAGAAUGGAAGUUUACCAAUGUGGCUGACAGUGUUUCUACUUGUUAGCUCGUAUGCAGUGCCGUCGUUGUAUGGGCAAAGAAGUGGAGUCACUGGAGAUGACUUCAUGUCCUGGCAAGGCCCAUGCAGUCUAACACCUGGUGCUGACAUAUGCUCCAGCAGCAGCACUAUCGCACUGGGUGGUCUGUUCCCUAUACACGGCAAUAACGGAAAUAGUGCAUCAACUGAGGAGAGCCUAUGCGAUGACGACAUCCAGGUGUCUGGCUUUGAGCGGAUGGAGGCAAUGCGUUUCGCAAUUGACGAAAUCAAUAAGCGCCGGGAUAUCUUGCCCGGGAUUCUUCUGGCUUACGAAAUGCGUGAUACAUGCCUCACUCCAGACCACACCAAUCAGCAGACGGUGAGAUUUGUACAGCGCGAGGAUACCAGUCAGUGCACUACAGGCCUCAUCCCAAUCAGCGGUGUAGUUGGAGCAGCAUCCAGCGGCCCAUCCAUUGCAGCUGCUGAUCUGCUACGCAUAUUUCACAUCCCGCAGAUUAGUUAUGCCAGUACGUCAGCAACCCUGUCAGAGGAUCGCUAUCGCUUCUUUCUGCGUACUGUGCCACCAGACAUAUUCCAAGCUAAGGCCAUUGUGGGUAUCUCUCAUGCGCUGGGUAUUCAGUACCCGGGUGUUGUCAGUACUGAAGGGGCGUAUGGUCGUGAUGGUGCUGCAGAGGUUGUACGUGAGCUGCAGGCCAGACAGAGUGCGUGUGUUGCUGCUAACUCUGAUCUAGGCGUCAACAAGGCCAAUGACGAUGGUUCAGCUGACUCUAGGUACGAAAGUGUCCUCACCGACCUGACGGAUACUCUCAGCAAGAACUCAUCAGCCACGGUAGCAUUUAGUGGUCGUGAUGCAACCCUGGCCUUCAUGCGCUACGUUGCUCAGGAACAGAGUUCACAGUCUCCGAGGCUGCCGGAAAAAUUCACCUGGUUUGCAACGGACUCCUGGAUAGAAGAUGAUCAGUUCACAAAAGAGGAUGCUAUCAAUGCAACACGAGGAACACUGGGCGUAGCACCCACGAGCAGUAUCGUGGACCGGUUUAGACAGCAUUUUCUAAGCCUCAACCCAAGGGCCAAUAUUGGCCGUAGCCGCAAUCCAUGGCUGUCAGAGUUCUGGAAUAAAACAUUCGGCUGCAAUCCUGAUGCUUGCAAUAUCAGCCAAGCACCAUCAGCCACAGACUAUUGUGUGCAGUGCUUGAAUAAUUCACUUCGCGACUCGCCUAGCUUUGCCUACUCGCAGAACUCAAAGAUACCAUUUGUCAUCGAUGCUGUGUACGCAUUUGCCAGGGCACUGGAUAGCAUGCAACGUCAGCUGUGCGGUGCUGGUACUCAGGGCUUAUGUAAAGGCAUGAUGGCAUUGGAGCAGAGCAGAACGGGUGCUGUGAAUGGCGAUGCUCUCCUGAUCUACUUGAAGAAUCUGACAUUUACCGGUGAAGGUAACAGUACAGUUGCGUUUGACAGUGCUGGUGACUUGGAGAGCGCAGUGUAUAAUGUCUACAAUAUUCAAAAAGUGAAUGAGAAAGGCAUGCGGCGUAUCGUUGGUACCUGGGAGCAGUUGCCACAUGAUCACAUAGGCCCACUGAGGAAUACUAUCAGUGCAGCAGGAAACUUCGACAUCAUUGCUUGCAGCGAUCCGACUAAGAAUGAGUCGACGUGUUCCAGAAGUCGAUUGACUUUGAACGCGUCCCGUAUUGAGUGGAGAGAUGGUACGUGGGGAUAUGUGGCUAGACCAGUAUCACGCUGCAGUGCGCUGUGUUCACCUGGAUUCCAAGCAUUGCCAAUCCCAUCAUUUCCCCGCUCUCUCUACCCGCUAUGUUGCUGGCAAUGCCAAAGUUGUAGUGCAAACAUGUACGUACGCACUCAACGGGACACAUGUCAACUAUGCCCGGAUCACCAGUACAUCAAUAGAAACAGAUCGGGAUGUGUAGAUCUGGAAAAGGACUACUUCAGCAUCAAUGAUAGGUCGGCCAUUGCAUGUAUCAUUGUAGCCAGUAUAGGCCUGGCGUUGGUUGUCAUCGCCCUCCCAGUCAUCGUCUUCGUGAUGGAUAUUCUCCAUGAAAACUCUGCUCUGCGCUUCUUCAGUAUGCUGAGCAGUGCACUGGGUGCAGCAGCCAUAUACAUUCUUGUCUUCAUCAAUCUCGCUCCACCUAGCUCAGCUACGUGUACUUUACGCGCUGCAUGGUCACCUAUAGCCAUGUCCUUUCUUCUCCUCCCGUUUCUCAUGGAACUCAUUGAUAUCUUCUUUGCUAUACGGCGCGAGAAAUAUAUUGCAUCAGUUGACGCAGAAGUGGAUGCAAAGGAUGUCAAGCCUGCAGAUGAUGACGUUAUUGAACUUCCGGCAGUGACUAUUCCCAGUGUCCGCCGCAGUGUUGGCAAUGCCAAUGAUGGGACAGCUGCACCUAGUGACACUACUAUUAGUAAGGCUGUCUCUAAUGAUGCAAGCCCUGGGCAGAUAAAGGAGACUCCACGCAGAAGAUCACUGUUCAGCAGAAAAGGCAGUGUGUUUGAGAAUGACUAUCUAACAUUCUGGGUAUUUCUCAGCACUCUCCUGGCUAUCAUUAUCAUUGUGGCGCUGUGCUUGGCUAUUGAUGAGCCAAGACAGCUGGAUGAUGUUAUUCCCAAUGAGAAAUGGUUCUCUGGAUGCUCAGUAUCUGCUGCAGUUAUCGCCACACUGGUUCUCACCAUGGUGAUGAUAGCCAGCAUCGUUGCAUUGCGCUUCUAUUUUCUGGUUAUCGGAGAAUUUGUGCCAUGGACGUUGCGCAUGGCAGCAUUCAUGGCAAUUGCAGUUUCUUUGCUGGUGGUGUGCUUGCUGAUUGUCUACACACAGCUGUCGGGAGCUGUCAUCAGGGAAGCCAUGAUACUCUUGUGUCAUCUUGCCAUCGCACUCGCCGUCAACGUCUUGCUGGUCAUGGAUUUGAUGCGAACGCUAGCACCGGAUUCGGGCAGCAAACCAGAACCUGGUCGCCUGGCUCCAUCGGCCCAGCAGACCGCUCCCGACGGUGUACACAAGCAAGUAAUAGCCACACUGUCCCAGCGUAGCCUAUUGAAUGCAGAGCAGCGACGGAAUCGUAAGGUCAGCCAUGACAUUGCUCUGCACAGUCAGUCUCAGCGCCAGCCCCAGUUACAGCGUUACUGGACAGCUGACAGUGGUAAUGAAUCUCAAGCGCAGUCUAAACCAGCCAGUUAUCUUGUACCCCCUCUAGCUGCUGCAAGCCAACACUCUCAAUCCGCCAGUGGGCUCUCAGCCUCUGAAUCAGGCUUCUGCGAGAGACCAGAAGCCGCAAGCCGCAAGGAUGUGUCUGCUGCUGGACAAGAGGGCACUACGCCGCAACAAGUGACGUCUUACAUAGUCGAUCAGGGUGACUUAUGCCUCGAUGCUGUUGCCACUAGAGCCGGACAAGCUGAAGUCGAUGCUAGUCAGAAUGGAGGUGAGAGUCCGGAUGUAACUGCUAAAAAUCGAGUAGGCUGUGGAUCUAUUGUAGGCAGUAUAGCUAUGCCACAAACAUUGCAAUCAGACAGCAGUGAUAGUCUGGUCCCCCACCAAGAAACCGUUCUAUAAUAGUAUGUCAAAGUUUACUUGGAUCAGAUAGUACAAAGGCUAAUCGCCCGUCUACAUUGUACUCUUUAUAUCUUCAGUACAGACCCUCCCUCAUUUUUUUUCAAGCGGCCGUUAUCAAUUACGCCUAUAUCCCUGAGCUCCAUCUCUUUACACCGAAGCCUAGCAGGAUUAGCCCAGCACCAAAUCAGAAAUGCAGACAUUUACAGCUACACAAUCCUCAGUAAUAGCCUCAACUCGCAAUCUGCUUCAAGUUUCUUCAAGUCUAGCAUAGAACACAUUUACAUUGUCCCGAGAACACCGCUGCACAUUUGAAAGGGAAAGUUUAAUUUUUGGAUGUCCAUGCUUCAGUCUGGUGUUAUCAGUCAUGGCCCUCGCACAGUUCAAGUUUUUUUAAACAUAGCAGGAACGAUUUUAGCAUUUAUGGCAUAAAGUGAAGACCCAUUGUUCACUGGCUCCUGGUGGUGACAGUCUAUCAUUUUGCUUAGACUUGUCCUUUUUCACCUCCCUCAAACUUAUGAUUUUACUCUAUUGUUUCUAGAUUUUUUUUACUUAUUUCCUGGCCAUUUGUGAAAACAUUUGAAUCCUUCUUUCUA